UUUUUCUGCAUGGUCAUUUGCUGUUGUUUAUCUUCUGUCUCAGGAAAGCAGCUAAGCCUUGAAGAAUGUUGUCAGAAGGGUAUCUUUGUGGAAUCCCCUAUUUUUGUGACGACUUCUUGAGUUCCAAGCUCUACAGAAAACGAGCAGCAGAGGAGAAGGUGCAUGAGAUGAGCUCCAUGUGUGGCUUUACCUAUUCCUCCAUGGAUGAAACACAGGGCAGAAGUCUCUUUCAGAGGUGCAGGUCUGUGAGCAAGUUCUUUUCUUCAGUCCAUUCAAAAGGAAGCAAACACAACGGAAGACAGAAAGAGACUUUACUGCAGGUUAUUCAGAGCACAGAGUUUGAAAGGCAAACAUCUCCAGUUGGGGAUAUGUCUGGAGAAUCCACAAGUAGAGAUACCUACCUGGUUCCUUCUUCCUGUAAAAGCAUUUGCAAGAAUUACAAUGAUUUACACAUUGCUGGAGGCCAUGUGAUGCCUAUCAGCUCAGUAACAACAGAUUUUACCUGUGACAGUGGGAUAGGCCCAUUUUUGGAGUCAUCAGAGAUUCCUCCACCUAUGGAAUCCAUGAGGAUGCCAACCAAUGACCUCAUUCGCAAGCCCGUCCAAGGGUACUCGUCAUGCUGGCGAGUGACCAGCAUAAUGCAACACCAGCAGCCACUCUCCAAUUCAAUACUGAAUGACUACCUAGAGCAGAAAGUGGUGGAGUUGUACAAGCAGUAUAUCAUGGACAGCAUGGUCAACAGUGCAUCCCCCACUCAGAUCCUGGCCUCUGAGCUCAUCAUGACCAACGUAGACCAAAUCAGCAUGCAGAUAUCACGAGAGAGGAAUAUGGAGACCACCAAGGCCAAAGACAUGGUCAUUAACUGCCUGUUACGACUGGCCAGUGGAAAAGUAUCUAGUGAAAUAAGCACCCCUAGUCUGCAUAUUUCGCAAUAA